AUGAGCAUCUUAGAUAUUUGUGAUAUAUAUUAAUUUUAAAAUAUUAUUAAUGGGCUGUUGCAUGAAAGGGAAGGCUCAUGUGGCAGCGAAGGUUCCAUAAAUGCAAGUCAGAGACAGACUAAGAAAUUCGAUACUCAACGUUCUCGAGUGGAUGAAAUGAAGUUUGAGGUGUUUGAGAAAACUAUGUAUGGAAACGAGGAUAAUUAUUAUGAUUCAGAUGAAUUAACUUGCAUUGAUCGCAAUUAACUAUUAAGUCUUAUUAAAAGUGAGCCAAAAAAGAUUCGUUGGACUCCUGGCUAAGUAAUUGGGUAAGGCUCUUUUGGAAGAGUAAUAGAGGCUAUGAAUUUAGAUACUGGAAAAUUGAUGGCCGUCAAAUAAGUGAUGGUAGGUAUUCGAAAUGAGGAUCGCAUUAUGGCACUUGAGAUCGAAAUCGAUUUACUUUCUUUGAUCAAAGCACAAGAACAUAGUUUCUUAUUAUGGAAUGGAACGAACAGAGAAGACCCUGAAUAUCUUUCUGGAGAGAGUGGCAGGAGGAUCCCUGAGUUCAAUGCUCCAGAAAUUCGGUUCAUUUUAGGAAUCCCUAAUUAAAGGUUGGAAUAUUUGCAUCAAAAUGGCAUUAUGCAUAGGGAUAUUAAGGGUGCAAAUGUGCUAGUUGACAAUCAGGGAGUUUGCAAAUUGGCCGACUUUGGGAGUAGUAAGAAGAUUGCAUUAAAUAGCGAUAGCACUAUAUUUGGAACUCCUAAUUUUAUGGCUCCCGAGGUUGUACAAUAAUAGAAGUCUGGGAGGAAAGCAGAUAUUUGGAGUCUGGGAUGUACCAUGAUUGAAUUGGCAACAGGUAAGCCUCCAUGGCAUGAGAUAACAAACUAAAUUUGCGGCGAGAUACCACAAAUUCCAGAAGGGUUUUCGGAAGAAGCCAAAAGCUUUGUUUCGCAUUGUUUAGAGGUUGAUGAAAGGAAGCGUUGGAAUGCUACUAAAUUAUUAAAGCAUCCGUUUCUGAUCCAAUAGAAUAAGCUCGAAAUUCCUUAGGGAAAAACUUCAUUACGUAAUACCCCUGGAAGUAAAUCGAAGCAACAACAGCGGUCAUUCAAAUAUCCAGAAUAAGAAACCUCUCAUUCUCCUGGUUAGGCGAAAGAGUUUGAAUAACAACACUCAGACAACUUGUAGCCCAUGAAUGACAGUUCCUUUGUUCUCAAAUAGAAAAGGUAGUAGGAAUGA